CACACUUCAAUCGUCAACUGAAGAAGAUACAUCAAUAUUGAAGAUGCUCAAAUUUGAAUUAAUAUGUUUUAUUACAGUGGUUUGUGCGAGAUAUGUCAACAGCGGUUCGCCAGUUGACGAACUGAAGUCAACGAUCCAAUCAAAGCUGCUGUCCACUGGCAUAGACUGUAUUAAGGAGUAUCCUUUAUCUCUUUCCGACAUUAAAGCCUUCAAGGAGAAGAGGAUACCGAACAACAAGGACGCUAAAUGCUUCGCAGCAUGCUUAUUUAAGAAGAUCGGCAUUAUGGAUGACAUGGGAAAAUUGAAUGCGGAAAAAGCAAAAGAAAGUGCAAAGCAAGCAUUCAAGAACGAGGAGCAUACGAAGAAGACUGAGGACAUAAUCAACUCCUGUGCAGAAGUCAACGAGCAGACGACAUCAGAUGGCAACAAAGGAUGUGAGAGAGCGAAAUUGGCCUUUGAAUGUCUUAAAAAGAACGCACCUAUGCAUGGGUUUGACUUCGAUAUAUGAUGUGGGAGUUCCCUGCAAGUCACUGCACUCACCAACCGAUGGGUAUCAAGAGAAAUGGAAAUAUAAACAAAAAUACAUAAUAGCCUUGCUUAAAUUUCAUAGCAGGUUCUGUUAUUUCUAUGUUAAACCUUUGUUUUUGUUUUAGAACCACACUAGAGACAUUAAAUUAAUUUAAAGUUUAGUUUAAAGUUGAUACUCUCAUCUUCUUUAGAAUAAGAUAAGAUGCCAUUUGGAAAAGCAGCAAUAAGUUUAUUUGACGUUUAAAGUGUACUCUUUGUCAUUAUUACCCUGAAAGAUUAACACCACCCAAAAGCAGU